UUGCGUGCAGUGGGCGUGAACUGAUUGCGAAAUCGCUUCCUUUCCGAUUUCAAGGUCCACAAGAUCCCGAAUCUCGACCACUGAUACAAGCAGAAGUUCAAUUAGAACAACUCGAUUUUAGAAAAAUGCGGAUACUUAUGAGCUCUAGAUGGCUAUUGUUCUUUCUGCUCAUCACCACCUGCGUUUUGAUCACCUCUGGUCGUCGAGGAGGAGGUGGAAGCAGAGGGGGCAGUCGAGGUAGCUCCUCCAGAGGUUCCAGCAGCCGGGGAUCUUCUUCGUCCUCCUCAUCAAGAGGGACCACUUAUGACAGAAGAGGAAGCAGCAGUGGAAGCAGCAGAACAGAAACGAGAUAUCAACCUCCGGCUCCACCACCACCUCCACCGAAACCCCAACCGAAGCCUUCGGCUCCAGAAGUGGUGCGACAACCAGCUGUGAAUCCCAAUUUUAGAGAGUCAAAUCCAAGCCAAGGCUCUGCCAAUAGACAACCUGCAUACAACCCGAAUCACAAGGAUUCCAGUCCUGGAGCCAACCAGCAACCACCGCCUUAUUCACCGAGAGAGAACCCUCCUCCGUACAGUCCAAAUCAAGGAGUGCCACCUCCACCCUAUAGCCCACAUGGAUCAUCGAAUGUCAGGCAACCAGGUUAUCCAGGAGAAGCACCUCCACCAUAUUCAGGAGGAGUGCCAGGCGCAAAUUAUCCUAGACAACCAGGAAUGCCAGGUGGAAAUUAUCCCCAACAAGGUGGAGUACCGGGAGCCAAUUAUCCUAGACAGCCUGGAAUGCCAGUUGGAAACUAUCCGCAGCAAGGUGGCGUACCGGGAGCCAAUUAUCCUAGACAGCCUGGAAUGCCAAGUGGAAAUUAUCCUCAGCAAGGUGGUGCCAACUAUCCGAGACAACCAGGAACUUUCGGUCAGCCAGGAGUUGGUAUUCCAGGUGCUAAUUAUCCAAGACAACAAUACACUUAUCCAGCGAAUACCCUGGGAAGUAACGUCUGGCAACCACAGUCUGGCAGACCAGCGCCGGCUUACAUGAAUUACGGAGGGCUGCCAACAGGUUCAAACAUGUACGCGAAACCAGAGAAAAAGAAAGGAUUUUUAGGAUCCUUAAUGUCGAUGGGAUCUCCCAAGCCAAAGAAGAAUAAGUAUUUUGGAUCUCAGCCCAGUCCUUAUGGAAUGGGUGGUAUGGGAGGCAUGGGGCAUAUGGGAGGGAUGGGAGGUAUGGGACCUAUGGGAGGAGGAUUCAUGGGGAAGCACGGAAGCAAAGCAGCAAUGUAUACCAUGUUACCAUACAUGGCAACGAGGAGAAGUCCAAGCUUUUUCCGACCUAGUUUCGGAUAUUACCCUAUCUUCUGGCAUAGUCCUUUCCAUCAUCAUCACUAUCAUUAUGGUCAUUACGGACAUACACAUUAUGAUAUUUACAACAGGGAAUAUGUUGGAAGAUGCAAUCAACCUCUUAAGCCAGAUCAUGGAAAGGUUAUUUGCAAUUCAACGCAAGGUGAAGUGGCAUGUGAUGUCAAAUGCGAAGAAGGUUAUCUUUUCCCUGACAAUACUACGAACAAAGAGAAUAAGUGUUGGCACGUCACUGGUGUGUGGAAGCCCAUGAAAAAUUUCCCGGCCUGCCAGCCUGUAUGCAAUAGGACUUGCUUGAAUGGAGGUACCUGUAUAGCACCUGAUGUUUGUGGAUGCCCUCCAGAAUAUCGGGGACUUCAGUGCGAAUUCUAUUUCUUAAAAUGUGACGUCCGAAAACUCUCCAACGGUGCCAAGAUCAAGUGGGUGUGCACACACUCGAAAAAUGAAACUACUUGUAAAAUCAAAUGCAAAGAUUCCCUUCAAUUUUCCACUCCCACCGAAGAAGUUUACAAAUGCUCUCCAGAUGGAGUAUGGACCCCGAAUGUCAUACCUGAAUGUAUUUCGGCAGAAUCAGUAGCAAAUUCAACUGAUGUAACUACACAUGGAACUAACGUAUCUACACAAGCGAGUGACGUAGCUAAAGAUGGGACUAACGUAUCUACACAAGCGAGUGACGUAACUAAAGAUGGGACUAACGUAUCUACACAAGCGAGUGACGUAACUAAAGAUGGGACUAACGUAUCUACACAAGCGAGUGACGUAACUACGCCUGCUAGUGAAGCAACGACGAAAGAAACAGAAGCGAUUACGUCAGAAUCUUCUAAAAGGAAAUGAAUCAACACAAAGGAAUUCAAAUUUAGUACCUUAUCUCCAAGGAGCUCAAUGUACAAAUUUUAAUUAAAAUUAAUUUCAUUUAUAAA